AUGAAAUUUGAGACUUGUCUCAUUCACAUAUAUUCCCCAGAGCUCGCCCUGUAUACUCCGAUUGUUACUGAUCAGCAAAUAACUCCGUUGGCUAGCGCUACAGCAGCCCUCUUCCCUGAGCCAACGAAGGCCACAAAGCUAGAAAGAUGUGACUUUGCUCAUUUCGCCGCAACCUGGUGGCCCCUGGCUGGCUUCAAUCUUCCUGUCCCUUUGGGUUCCCCGAAGGGUGUCUUUGAAGCAGUCGAACAAUAUCGUCGUGAAACUAUUCACUUUGUGGCUCAAUGCCUCGAUUUAGAGCUCACUAAGGAUAGCCUCUAUUCAGAAGAGAUGUCCUUUUUCAUGAUGAUGUCACAAGUGGAACAAAAGGCAAAACCCAAAGGAGUGCGGAUGGGCACUAGUGCAGUGGGCAUGAUUUGUGCUGUCAUUGAUGAUCAUGACAUGAUAUAA